AUGACACCAAAGACUAUAUAUCUCAUCACAGGCGCAAAUCGAGGAAUCGGUUUUGGUAUUGUCUCCAUAUUACUUCAACGCGCCAACACUACAGUAGUGGCGACAGUCCGCAAUGAAACGACCGGCGUUGCCCCUCUCAAAGCACUUCCAAAAGCCGACAACAGUGACUUAAUCAUCACUUACCUCUCAAUUCCCACCACUUCCACGACAGAAAUCGAAACUUCUCACAAAGCAUUGACUGAAGAUUUGAAAGCUAGGGAUAUUAAGAGAAUCGACGUCCUCAUCGCAAAUGCUGGGAGCGGAACCUGUUUCAGGUCAACAGUUGAUACACCGUUUUCAUCUAUCGCAAUUGACUUUUGUGCCAAUACACUUGGACCGAUUGCCCUCUAUCAAACUCUCCUUCCCUUCCUCAAAGAUUCCACUAAUGCGAAGUUUGUUAUUAUUGGGAGCAUCUUGGGAAGCAUUGGAGCUAUGAUGCCUGGAGCACCAACUCUUUCGUAUGGAACUAGCAAAGCAGCAGUACACUAUGAGAUGAGGAGGAGAAGAUGGUAG